ACGCGUCAACACGCGAAUCUGCUACCCUCUUACCAUGACAUGGUUCUCAACGGUUCUUUAUUCCGACUGGUUAUAGACGUGUUUUCUUCUUUCCGCAAUGUGCUCAUCGCCUCUGUCGCCCUGCGUAUUGCCCUCAUAGUAUAUAGCGAAUGGCAUGACGCACAUUCCGCCGUGAAAUACACCGACAUAGACUAUCGCGUCUUCAGUGAUGCAGCACACUUCAUCCUCCAUCCCAGUGCAGGGAACGUAGCACAGGGACCUCUCGGACAGUGGUUGGGCAUUGGCGACCCAUAUACCAGGCAGACGUAUCGCUAUACCCCACUUCUUGCUCUCUUACUCAUUCCAAGUGAAUGGCUACACCCGUCCUUUGGAAAAUAUGUAUUCGCAGGCUGCGAUGUUCUCGCUGGUAUCUUGAUAUACAACCUCCUGGUAUCCGUCAUACUGCCCUCAACGCCUGUGUCGACCACGAAGGAUAUCAAGUCGAAGCAGGAAGUCGCACAAGAUGCAGCUACUUCAAUGACUCGCAAAGCAUCACUCUUGGCUUCCGUACACCUCUUGAACCCUCUCGUUUUCUCCAUCUCAACCCGUGGUUCAUCGGAAUCGGUCCUGUCACUUUUCGUACUCGUCACGCUUUAUUUUGCCCUCAAAAGCAAGUGGACCUUGGCAGCGAUAUUCCUUGGACUUAGUACACAUUGGAAGAUAUACCCGUUCAUCUACGGGGUUGCGUGUCUUGGUGUUAUUGGGAAUGAGCAUGGGGUAGCGAAAGGAUUGAAGGGUUAUCUUGGAGGUAUCAUCAACUGGAGAACGUUUCAAUUUGUGUUCAUUAGUGUGGCGACUUUCGCGUUUUUAGGUGUUGCUAUGUACCUUGUAUGGGGUUACCCAUUUCUGUAUGAAUCCUAUCUCUACCACUUGCAAAGACGGGAUCAUCGACAUAACUUCUCCCCUUACUUCUACCUCAUUUACCUCACCUAUCCAUUCCCAGGGGUUGUGGCUCCAGAGCUGUCAGUCUGGCGGAAAUUUAUCAGAUCGCCAUUGACGAGCUUCUUGCCUCAGAUGAUCUUGUCUCUCGGAGCAGGCUUUCUCUUCGGUCGAAGCAAACGAGACUUGACGUUUGCCUGGUUCAUACAGACGUUCGUCUUUGUGAUCUUCAAUAGAGUAUGCACGUCGCAGUACUUCUUGUGGUACACACUCUUCCUCCCGCUUCUCAUUCCUCAACUCUCGAUUACACCGCGUUGGGCUCUGAUCUACACGACAGUAUGGCUUGGGACACAAGUUCUAUGGCUCAGCGAGGCCUAUAAGCUUGAAUUCCUUGGAGAGAACGUAUUCUUCAGUCUAUGGGUGAGGGGUAUGAUCUACAUGGCGGGACAUUCUUGGGUACUUGCUGGGAUCAUGCAAGCGUAUCGCGGCUAGUUAUUUGUUACACACAUUCCAUUCCUCCCGAAUAUACAAAUACAUUGUCGCG